UGACCAGACUGGCCUCGAACUCACAGCGAUCUGUCUGCCUCUGCCUCCUAAUGCUGGGAUUAAAGGCGUGUACCACCGGUGGCCGCUGGUUUGUUGGCAGAACUGGUCAGUGAUUCUCCAGGGCGGCCAUGGCAGAGCCACAGCCCGCACCCAGCGGCCUCGCUGAUAAGGUCGCCCUCAGCUGCUGCUCCGACCCGGAACCCUGCGCCAAGGACUUCCUAUUGCAGCAGACGAUGCUGAGAAUUAAGGAUCCUAAGAAGUCCCUGGAUUUUUAUACUAGGGUUCUUGUAAUGACGCUACUCCAAAAGUUUGAUUUUCCUGCAAUUAAAUUUUCCCUCUACUUCUUGGCUUACGAGGAUAAAAAUGGCAUCCCUAAAGAUAAGGAUGAAAGAACAGCAUGGGCGCUUUCCAGAAAAGCUACACUUGAGUUGACACUCAACUGGGGCACCGAAGAUGAUGAGACCCAGAGUUACCACAGCAGCAACUCAGACCCUCGGGGAUUCGGUCACCCUGGGAUUGCCGUUCCUGAUGUCUACAGUGCCUGUAAAAGAUUUGAAGAACUGGGAGUCAAGUUUGUAAAGAAACCCGACGAUAGUAAAAUGAAGGGUCUGGCAUUCAUUCAAAAUCCUGACGGCUACUGGGUUGAAAUUCUGAAUCUUAACGAAAUAACAAAGAUUAUUUAGUUCUGUGAGAAUGCCCCUUGGAGGUGUCGGUGACGGUGGGGACAAGAAACAGCGUGAUACAAGAAGCAUUGAGAGCCGAUGGAUCUUUGCUCCAGUUCAAGUCAUUCUGAAAUCCUUGUCAUUGUCCUGUUUCAGUGGUUUCUUUAAAAUCCUCCCUCCUCUGUUUAGUCAACCUAAUUUUCAAGUACCAGUUUGUCUUAUGACUUUGACAAAGUUGUGUGACUUUGCUUUUUAGGUAAUAAUUAGAACGAUUCCCUUCAGAGACUACAUUUGCUACCCUGUCUUUAAGUAUUACUCGUCUGGUUUUGAUUCAUCAUUUAAAUUUUUGUUUUAAAUGUUUUUUUUUUCUUACCUUCUGGGGUUUCAAUUCCUCAGAAAUAACUUUUCAUAAUGGAAAGUAAAGAACAUUGAACAGAAAUGAAACUUCAUAUGUACUUCAAAAAGCAUAGUGUUUAUUUUACAAAAGAGAAGGCACUCUUGAGAGAAUUCUGAAUCACACUGACUAGGAAACUGACAGAAAUACUAAUAUAUAUUAUAUAUAUAAAAUAUAUAUACAUAAUAUAUAUAUAUAUAUAUAUAUUACUUUCAAAGUUCAAGGACUAACUUUACUUUGUGGGAAUGUGAAGAAGGAGGGAUUGAUAUUACUAGGUACUUCGACAAUGGGCUGGCUAGGCUGCGGCAUACUUUAUGUGAAUGAAUACUGCAACUACGAUGGGAGAAAGCAAGCGGCUAGACAAAUUGACUAACCUGAUUGUGUCAUUGUUUUUAGUGUCUGGAUGAUGCCUCACUGGACCUCCUGUGCUAGUCUUCUCCUCUGAGGCCUGCAGUGAGCUUGGCUUUGUGCCCUUUGUUCUCAGGCUUGAAUACCACAGGGAAAGAAGCAUAGACGUCUGUAGAUAAACGAGGCUGUUCUGGGGGACUUUCUGUGUGAGGGGGCUCCCAUGAGUCUCCCCCACCCCAGGGGCCUAUGAAUUCACUUAGGAUAAAUUAUUUCCAAUGGGAACUCAGAUAUCAGGAGUUAGCUCAGUGCUCUACCCUGCUGACUGACUGGUGGUGGAUUUCUAAGGCAAUUUUGAAAACUUUUGGUCUGGAGGAUAAAACCCAAUUUGAGAUCGAACUACACUGAAGCUUUCUGCGGGCUGUAGUGGAAGCUGUCUGGAUGGGUGAUGUCAAAGGUUACACCUCUAGGAGCAUUCUGUUUCUUUUGGGGAUGAAAUAGAUUAAUGUGAACAGUUUAAACAAAUCAUAGACUGAAAUAAAACUUUAAUGCUGUUUAAUAUGAUAAAAAAAAAAAGCGGGGCACCACCGCCCGGCUGCCAGUUUGCAUUCUUAUCAGCCAUGGCACACAGUUCUUCUACCUUUUUGCCAGAACAUCCUGUUUACUUCCUAACUGUGGAUGUUUUAGAGGGUAGGUAAUGGUUCCCAUUGUGGGGUUCAUCUACAUUUUCCUGAUGAUGACUGUCGCUGAGAAUGUUUUCAUGUUUUUAUUUUUGACAGUAUGUACUUGUAUACAGUGUAUUGUGAUUAUAUUUUCCUUCUAUUACCAGUUUUUAUUCUCCCUUUCCUACUGAGCUCUUUCUCCUAACUGGUACCUCUCCCACCUUCGUGUCACACACACACACACACACACACACACACACACACACACACACACACACACGUCUAGGUCUUGUGCAGGUGUUCACAGCUGCUGUGUGUUUGUGAUUUUAUAGUGGCCAUGUGGUGUCUAGAAGAUAGCAUUGUAUAACAUUCUUUCCUACCCUCUGGCUCUCACAGUCUUUCUGCAAUGUUCACUGGCCUAAAGUGGGUAUUAUAGAUAUCUGUUUAGGGCUUUGAAAAUGUAAAGAGUGAAAAAUAACAAAGUACUUAAAUGAGAACAAGGCAGAAGUAAUUGCUCUGUUGACAAAAGGACCACCUAUUGUAUAUUAACAUAAUAACAUAAACAGAUUAA